CAUGUAAACACUUCCAUGAUACCCUAUAAGCGCACACAAUGGCAUCAUCAAAUAAGGUGCUGAGCCCGUACAACAGCCCGCUACUUGGCAUACACGCUCCCGAACUAGAGAUGAAGCGCCAAAAUUGCGCCACCUUCGGUAUAUGUUCCGUUGACAGGGCUUCCCAACGCUCCUUCCGAACUGAUGUACAAGAUGCCACGAUCCCCUUGGGUCCGUCCGAAUACCGCGCUGGUCGGUCCAGCCAACUUUUUCCAGUGCAUUUCCAUUAGGUCUAGCCACGUACAAAGUGUCGUCCUCGGCAAUAGCAAAGUCAUCUGGGAAAUCCACAAAUGAGGCAAUUGUUUCAAAAGGCCCAGUCGCCUCACCAGUGGACAAGGAGAUGGCGACACGGUGAAGAGUAGCCCGGGCAGAUGAUGUAUAGUAAAGAUAACCCCGAUGCACUUUCAAGCCAUUUACGCCGAAGGGUACAGAGGAUGUGGGUGCUUGGUCCUCGUGGUGAAGGAUAGUCGAGUACACUCCGGUGCGCAUGUCCAGUCUGACUAUAUUUCCAGCGUAGGAAUCUGCCAGAAGAACAACAUGAUCAUUGAUGGCAGCAGCACCGUUGAGAAGUUGUGCAGAUUUAAUGUCUGACAUUUUUCGUGCUUGCAUGUUUGCGUCUGUCGAAUUGCCAAGUGGAAAGUCGACUCUCCAUACGCUCGAGGAGCCAAAGGCUGGACCGGUUGCCAGUGAGUAAUUGGCCGUGAUGACUGCAAAACUGUUGGGUGCGAGUUCGGUGAUCCCAAGGACAGACUCUGCGCCAGGGAAGGUGUAUACCUUUGACGCUGUCACUGGAUUGUUGCGAGGGUGGAUGAAGUGAAGCUCGGGUCGAUUGAGCAAGCUGACUAGAAGCGAUCCAUUAUGUGUUGCUGCAAUAUUUUCCACCCAGGUCGGAUUGGAAAAUUGGUAGAUCUUUCGCAGACUUUUGUGGACUGUACAUGUCUGCAGGGAGAAGAUGGGUUUUAAUAGAACGGAGGG